ACUGUCAAACGAUAUAUUCUCCCUCUAAAAUAGAUGGCAACUGUUCAGGAUCUGGCCCCGCUAAUAGACGGAUCUCAUUUCCUGCGUUCUCUUCCUCAGCCUCACUUCAUUCUUUGGAAUCAACAGAGAAGGAACCUGCAGAAUGAGUGCUAGGCGGCGUCCGCUGCAUACAUGUGGAGUUUCUGUAAUGGAAAUCGCUCGCAAAGCUUACACAGAAACCCAAGAAUUCAAUGGGCCGUUAGGUCUCGUGACAAAGAAGAUAAUCAGGUUAGCUCCAUUUGCUUCCCUUCUUGUCCAUGUGCUGCGGUAUGAGUAUUUCUUCUUGGCAAUCCUCUCUUUUGUGGAUAAUCAUAUAAUAUUAGCCCUUGAAAGAAAGGUUGAGGCUAUUUUCCCACCAUCGAAUUAUGUGUUCAACAAGGUUGACAAGCUCGUCCAAAUCGUAGAAACCCUUCCAGCAAAAUUUGAUUUCGCUGUUAACAAGUUACCCAUUAUUUUCCACCAAAUUCCAAUUCUAGAUUGGGCACUGUCAUGUGCUAUCUCAUGGCUGAACUUUUGGCUAUCUAUCCUGACUCAUUGGGGAUCAGGAACCACUCACGAAAAGGAGAUUAUGGUCGAUAUAAACUGUAACGACAGCAGUAUUGAACAAACAAAUGUUCAAGAAGCAGAUACUAAUAUAGUAGGGUUCCAAAAUGAAACAAAGGGAUGUUUCAGUCCUAUGUCUGCUACAUCAGGCUCGGAAACUGAGGCAAGUAGUCCGAAUGCUAAGAGAUGCACAUACAAGGACGCACUGGAGAAAGUUGUGAAAUCCACAUAUAAGGAUGCACUAGAGAAGGGGACAAGUGAAAGCACACAGAGCACGGAGGGGAGCCCAAAGCAGAUGAUCCGAUCCACUGUUAGCAGUGAAGCAACCAGUCCUAAAGGUGAGAGAAAUGAGACCAUGAAAGAGAAAGAAUGCAUUGCUGACGAGGAGACAGAAGAAGCCAGUGCUAGCAAGGAAGAAACUGGAGGAGUGGAUCAUACUACGGUCAUGGAAGAUGAUCCAGUCAGUUUACCUACAAAUAAGACGCCAGAAUGCAUCAACCGGGGAGAUCCUAUUUUAGCGCUUUUCGAGUCUGCUUGGCACAUAUAAAACCUGGAGAAUACGGCAACGAAAACUGCUGCUAAACGUUCUACUUCAUACCAAUGGUAAAGGAAGCUUAUGUGAUGUUCUACUUGAUCCAAGUGACUAUGAAAAGAGGGACUCUAUAUCUUGGUCUGACAUUAUUGAAGAGUCAGCAUUGAAGUAAGUUCAUGCUGCAUAUAUUUUUGUUGUUUGUAGGUUCUGCCCCAAUAUUUUUUCUAGGCGAUCGUACAAGCUGCAUUACAUUUUUGUACAUGAUUAUUUGGGGACAAGUUCACGAUAUAUUUGAGCGCAGAACUUGGGGCAUUGAUCCUUGCUCUGUACUUGGGUUUUGGCUCUAUUAAAAUGAGUGGUGUUUCUGGGAAUCCAUCCUGAAAAUUCUAAUGAUGAGUGCAAGCACUUCUAACAAAAAGUAUACGGUGAUAAUUUCAGAAACAAUAUGAAAAUCUAUAGAACAUUUCUCCUGUGAAUCUACAGACACGUCACAUUCCUUGAUCUCAUGGAGAACACCUCUUCCUACCA